GAAUUAUGGAUAAGCAUAUCACUACAACCGUUUAAGCAAGAGUAAUGCGCGCAUGAAAACCACGUGUCUUAGCUAAGGGCACAUUAGCUUACCAACACAAAGACGUAUACACCAAAAACCUUGAUCAAGUAACACAAAUUAAACACACUAUCAUAAACUGUUGCAGAUCGAUCGAUCGAUCGAUCAGGAGAGAGAAAAUAAUAAUAAGAUGGAGCAGACAAUAACACCGGCAAGGGAGGUGGUGGUAGGUAGCGGCGCGGAUUCAGGGAGGGUGGUGCAGCAGGAAGAACAGGCACCGUUGGUGGUGGGAAGAGGCAUAACAACGGAGGAACAAAAGAUGAAAGUGAUGGUGGCGUUGGAUGAUAGCGAUGGUAGCUUUUACUCCCUUAAUUGGGCUCUAACCAACCUCCUUAAGCCUAAAAGUAUAGCACCUAAUAAUAAUACAAGUACACCAAAUGAAGAAGAAGGUUGCAUGGUGUAUUUGGUUCAUGUACAACACCCCUUCACCAACUACGUCUAUCCCGCCGGUGCCGGUUUGCACACUGCUUCUUUUGCUGCAUCAUCAGUAGUAGAAUCUGUUAAGAAAGCACAAGCAGAGAUUUCAGCUACAAUCCUUGAACGUGCAAUCUCAAUCUGCAAGCAAAACAUGGUUCGUGCUGAAACAUUGAUUUUUGAAGGAGACCCAAAGGACGAGAUUUGCAAAGCAAUAGAACAAAUACAUGUUGAUAUGCUUGUCAUUGGCAGUCGUGGUCUUGGUGGAAUCAAGAGGGCGUUUCUUGGAAGUGUUAGUGACUAUUGCGCGCAUCAUGCCUCUUGCCCAGUCUUAAUUGUCAAGCCACCAAAGAAUAUCAUCAAGUAAAUAAUGUCGAUCAGAGAAGAAUGUUAUCAAGUGAAUCAUGUAAAUUGUUACUUACUACAUAGUAAAUACUCGAUCGACUCUAUAAUAUGUAGCUAAAGUAUUUGUUAUAUUUUCGUAUUUUGUUAGUUUGUUUCUACUGAAUGUCAAGGAGAAAGUUAAGACAAGGCUGAUAUUGUUUAUGUAUGCUCCGAUUUACAUAAUCCAAAGUACAACGGAGUACUUAACUUUCUAGUAUAAAAAGCUCUGCUUCUUGGAGGAAGUUGCAGACUUUUUGUUUUUACUCCCUCUUAGCCAUAUUUAGGUGAAAUUUUCUCCAUCCGUAAAAGGUUAUAAGCAGAGAAAUUCAUGAAAUAAGUUACAUUAAGAA